UGACUAUAAAAGCGGUGAGAUUAAAGGAUUCGCAUGCAGUGCAUCCUAAGAACAUCGAAUCCCGACACCAUGGCAGUUCGCGCUCUUAGUCUAGUGCUCCUGUGUACGUUUGUCACGGUCAUCUUCGGAUUGCCGACUUUACCAGAGCCAGCUGUAAAUGCACACGAGGGACGCACAUUAUCGACCGAGCUGCAACCACCCGCGCCAUCCUCAGACGAGAAGGAAGGCUAUGCUACAAUCUAUAUAAUUAAUUUAUACGCUAUAAAAAAUAGUAGCAGCAAUUUAUCGGAGGAAAUGUUUCAAAAUGAAGUCAUAGAAAAGUUACCUGACAUAAUAGAGCCACUAGUUUCUGUCAUCCUAGUAGAAGAAGAUGAUGAAAGUGAAGAGUCAGAAAAUCAUCAACCUGUCGAUCUCGACAAAUUUGCGGCGGGAUUGCAAGACGAAGGUUUCAAGGUCGACAAGAUCGAUCUUAACAGUAAAACGAAAGUGCUUAAGAUGAAAUUGGAAAAGGCGGAGGCACAGAGUAUGAUAGAUUCAGCUUUGAAGGGUGAUCAGAAGAAAUUCCGUCAAAAGAGGUCCUCCUGUAUGAGUUGUAGAGGACAUGGACACCAUCAUCAUCAUGGUCAUCAUGGUCAUCAUGGUCAUCAUGGCCACGGCUGUUGCGGUGGUGGCGGAUAUGGUGGUGGCGGAUAUGGUGGUGGCGGAUAUGGAGGUGGAGGUGGGUAUGCUUCUGCCUCCGCGUCAGCCCAGGCUCAAAGCUGGGGAAGAAAAAAAUGAGCAGAUAUAUAUAAUCACGUAAACAUGUUGCAUCGCUGAGAUUAAUGAUUUAUGCUGCCUUCAUGUUUAAUACACAUGCAUGUAUAGUACAAAAAACAACGUAGAUUUUUCGAAUAAUCAUUACAAAUAAACUUUAUGAGUAUCAAUACAAUAUCCAAAAA